AAUUUGCCUUUUCCAUUAUAUAUUUUACGUUUUUGGUGUGCGAUAAAAUUAUCUUCGGAAGCUGAAAAAGAAGCCUGAGCUGCGUUUGUGCAAAUAUAUUAAAGUGUUCAGUGAAUAUGCCGGGUAAACAUCGUAAACUUAAAAAGCGCUCAAGCGGUGCCAAAAGAAGCCAAAAGUCGAAAGUUUCAACUGCUGCAUCAGAUGCAAAAGCUUCUAAGUAUUCAGCAAAGGCUCACAAGAACUCAGCAAAGUCUAACAAGGAUGCAAAAAAGGCUUCCAAGAAUGCAGUAAAGGCUCCUAAAGAUGCAGAAAAGACUCACAAGGACUCCGCAAAUGAGUUUGUAAUUCGUGUACCAAAAGUGCGUAACCAGCGCUGUUUAAUGCGCUUCAAUAACAAUUUAAACGUGGAUUUCAACAAAUGGCGCAAUGUAAAAAUGUCCCGGGAGAAUAACAAGUCAGAGGACAUGAUCGAGGAGCAAAAGCCAACAUUUGGCGCCGGCACAUCAUUCAAUUCCAAAAAGACGGUGCCCGAUAAGUACCGGCCAGAGGCACAGCCCUGGCUGCUGCAAGUCGAUGGGAAAAUGGGCAAAAAAUUUAAAGGCUUUCGUUCGGGAGAAGUGGGUGCGAAUUCGGCAUACUAUGUGUUUACUCAAGCCCCAGAUGGCAGAUUCAAUGCGUAUCCCAUUAAUGAGUGGUACACAUUCAUGCCCAUCGAACGCUUCACGCCCCUCACCACGGAGGAGGUGGAACAGGAGUUUAGUCGUCGCGAAAAGACGAUUAAUUUCUUCAAUUUGAUGCUGCGACGUCGCUGCCGCGGCGAGCAGGAGGAGGGGGAUGCCGAUGCGGCUAAGCUUAGUCAGUUCGCCUCAGACAAGGACGACCUCAAGCUGAAGAUCACAGAUGAGGUUGAGUGGAUGGACUCCGCGGAUGAGUCGGAUACGGAUGAUGAAGAGCACGAGAAGAAAAUGGAACAAAAAGACGGACUCGAAGGGGAUGAAAAUGAAGGCAAGGAAGCCAAAACUAAGGCCAAAGCUAAGGCCAAGGCUAAGGCCAAAAAGGCAGUUGACAUGAAAACAUUUUUCGAGGCCUUUGAGGAGUCAGACGAUGGUGACGAAGAGGGUCGUGAACGGGAAUACAUUUCUAGUUCCAGUGAAGACGAACCUGAUCCCGAGGAAAAGGUGAGCAAGGACCUGAAGAGCGUUGCUGAAGAGGAAGCACUACUGAAGCUGCUCAACUCGGACGACGAGGAAGAUGAUGAAGAGUCGCAGACUCAGAUAUACGAGAGACAGGAAAGCUCUGAAGAUGAGGCAUGCAAAAAUCCUGAUGUGGUGGAAGAUGAAAGCAGCAGCGGAUCAGAUAUAGAACCAACCGACAGCACGGACUCCGAAACGGAUCUCAGCAAUGGUCCACCACGCAAGAGGGUAACAUUUAAUGAGAAGGAGAAACGCCUGCUCAACGCGGCCAACAAGUCUCCCAGCAGUGUGGCAGGAACGACGAAAGAUGCCAAAAAGCGGAAUGUGGCUGUGAUGAAUAGUCUUGAUCUAGCAAAGCCUGCCACUACUCCCCCCAAGCGCAAGGAAGACAGCGCACAGGUGGAACAGUCAGCCAUCGUUUUGUGUAAAAUUGACCAAUAUGGCGUCAGUGAGGAGGCUGUGAUCCGCUAUCUAAAACGCAAGCCCAUGGCGGCCACCGAGCUGCUCUCCCGUUUCCGCACCAAAGCGAACACCAGCGACUCGAAGAUGCGACUGGUUGAGACCAUGACCAAAAUAUUGAAGAAAAUCAAUCCCGUAAAGACUACCAUACAGGGCACGCUAUAUUUUUCGAUAAAGUAG